GGAAGACUAAAAUGUCUAAAUUCAUGUAGUUGUCGUUUCCUGCGCCUUUAUUUAUAAAUAGAAGAUUAACCUGGCAUGACAGAUUAGAACAUGUUUAUCAGAGGAAAUGUAAGCAGGAACUGAAAAAAGAUCAGGCGAAUGGACAAGCAGUUUUAGGACAAUUGUGUGCAUGAGUCUGAGAUAAAGUGUACAGGUGAUCGCAGUUCUGUGACGUGUGCUGCUGUGUCUGCGUGUUUGCCUUCCUCCCUGCGUAGAUAAAAGCCCUACCUUUGUCCCUUACUGAAAGACCAGUUCCCAGGUGUGCGGAGCAGAGCGCUAACAGGCUGAUUUACACACAUCCACAGCAGAUAUGGGUGUGGCUUUACAGAAUGCACCCCAUGACUCAUAAAGACUUCCCCAAAGAGCCGUGGCCAUUUUACCCAGCUUCACUGGCAUUUCCAGAGCUCCGCCAACCUCAGACAAACCGAAGGUCUGGAAUAGUUCUUCGUCCAUCCUCUUCCUCAACUCACCACGCGUUCUGGGCCCAGUCUGGCGAAGAUGGCACACAACUGUUCAAACUCAGUGUCUUGAAGGAUUUAUUUUUGGAUUUUUUUUUUGCCCGCGCUUUUCAGUGAGACCUGGAACGCAGAGGGAUUGGACACAGGGGUCCCUGUGUGGGCGAACAGAAACUGAAAAUAGUGAAACAGAGACAAGUGUCCUGACAUGAAACGCUAAUCCCCCAGGGGGACAGCAUCAGCAUGGCCACUGCAGUCGGGCAGGGGGAGAUCGUCUUCGAGUUUGCCAGCACGUGCAUGGACAGCGAGCAACAGCUGGAUGACUCCCUGGCCUUCCCUGCCGUGAUUGUGGAGCAGGUGCCGGGGGCCCAUGUUCUGGACUAUUCUGGUCUUUCAUGUGAGCGGACAGCCGCAGAGGUUCUCCACCCUGCCUCCAUGGAGAUGGCAAGGGAGCUGGUGGUGGGAGAGGAUGUCAGCAUCACAGUGGAGGCUUCGUAUAAGGAUGACAACGAGGACGCCAUAGAAGUUGCGGAGGCGCUGUUGCACAUGGACUCGCCUGACCAUUCUGAUGAAAGACGCCUUCUAUUGGUCUGUUCACCUGCAGCUGAUGUGUUUGUGCGGACUGCGAGCUCCCCGGUCACCUCCAUGUCACACUCUGCAAGUGGAUUUCUCCACGACCAUAUCCAGACCGAUUCUGGGGCUGAGGGAGUGACCCACAUAUCAAAGAAGAAAGUCGCAGUGAGGAAGCGGCCUGAAUCCCAGUCCCCAGCUCCUGACUUCAUUAUGAAAAAGAGAAACAGGCUGGGAAAAGGACACCAGAUGUACCUAUGGGAGUUCCUGAUGGCUCUGUUGCAGGACAAGGCCACCUGUCCGAAGUACAUCAAAUGGACCCAUCAGGAGAAGGGCAUCUUCAAGCUGGUGGACUCCAAGGCCGUGUCACGCCUGUGGGGCAAACACAAAAACAAGCCAGACAUGAACUAUGAGACCAUGGGCCGAGCACUGAGGUACUACUACCAGCGUGGGAUCCUGGCCAAAGUAGAAGGCCAGAGGUUGGUGUACCAGUUCACAGAGAUGGCCAAAAGUCUGGUGGGGAUCGACACAGACGAUCUGUUGGUUGAACAUGAUCACUUGUUUGAGGAGAAAACAUUGUCAGAGAACCCCUCCCCGCCCCACCCUGCCCCGAAACCUUCGAAUCGAGGAGGAGGGAAGCAGAGGGCCAAACGAACUGAAGGAAACCCUGGCUCAACUGUGGCUCAGCCCGGCACAGUCCUCCGGCCACCGGAGGGCGACGGUGGCAGCACCACCAGAGCAGUGAGACCCCUGGGCCUGAUCCAGCAGCAGCACCUGCCCAUCGUCUCGGCUGAGAUGCUGCGGACGCUGCAGAACAUCCAGUCGCUGCAGCCGGGUCAGACCGGAUCCGUGUUCAGAACUGUGCAGCUGCUGGAGAACCUGCAGAGUGUGCAGGAGAGAGAGGCAACAGGGGCCAGCCAGCAGGGGGUGCCAGUUGAGCCUUUUAGAGUUUCAGCUGCAGAACCCACCACCCUGACUCUGGCUGAAGACCAGUCCAUACAGUCCCUCAUGCUCCAGGCCGUUCCUCUGACCACCACCGUAGACGGCCAGAAUGUUUCCAUGACUACAGUCCAUCCCAAGUACUUCCUACAAACGAUUCCGUCCUCCCAGACGGUUACCUUAUUGAUGGAGACUGUCCCCUGCAAUGAGGUUGCAGGCCAACAAGUGGUGUGCACGGACACGCAGCUCCUGUCCACGCUCCCUUCCCCAUUGGUGGGUGGGGCUACCUCCGUGGUGACGCUUCCAGGGGGCGGGCAGCAGCUGGUGACCCAGCCCCCUGGUACAGUUAUAGCGUCGGUCGUCACAGCGCCAGAGAGCAAGCAGGUGGUGAUGGAGGACGUGGAGGAAAUGGAUCUGGAGAGCCAUCCGGAUAUGAAGCUGGAACACUUCAGCGUGGUCGUCCUCAAUGACUCCUGGGUGGGCUUCGACCCCAACCACAAGGAGCUUGAGUCCUGAGCCCAACCGGGGACAUGGGUUUGCAACCAACUCUCCCCUUCCCCCCUGCACUGCCCUUUCCAGUUCUACCCAAUGGGUGCUCAUCUCUGAUCCUGGCAGAGAUUUGCUACAUGGCUGAUUCUGUGUUGUUGCAGUUUGUACCACCGUCACGCUAAAGAGGGCUCAGCUUAUGCAGUGAAACAGGAUCAUUUAAAUAAUCUCAUCCUCUGGCCCUCCAAAAGCCAAAUCGCUGAGCUAGUCUCUCGCGGGGGUGUUGUCUGCAGCCUUAUGACUGUAUAUUGGCAAAUCUCAUUCAAAAUCACAUUGCGUGCACACACUCACACCCAGCACCGCACACACAAAUGCUUUCUUGUCAAUUUUAUGGCUAUUCAAGACAAAAUUUUUCUUGAAUCAACACAUACCCAACUGUAUGGGGGAACCAUUUCUUUGUGGUCAAAUAAUGGAACAGCAGGUCAUGAGCAACAUGUCAGGAUGUGAAUCUCUGGUUCCAUCAAGCUAUUGAGGAUUUUUUACAGAUGGCCACAUUUUACGUAUGGUUCAUUUCCUUAUGUGUUAGAGGAUAACUGCAUAUUACCAAACAUUACAAACACACUGUGACAAUAUGUGUAAUACCCGUAAAAAUACAUAUUUUUGAUAAUAAUUUGUAUGGAUAUUGUUCCAGUCCACUCAAGAGCAGUGGAAAUGGAAGAAAUGUCCUGUGGUAUGUUGCCUGAUGCACAGUUUGCUCUCUACCCUCUAUCUUGUGUACAGUUUUCAGUUUCUUGUGUCUGACUUAAGAUCAAAGCAUUUGUGUUACCAUUUGUUUGCUUGACAAUCUGAUUAAAUAAAAGCACAUGAUGUUUUUCUACCAAAACAUUUGUUCUCUUGCUUGUCAUAUGACUUAAAAUGAAGCAUUUUUUAUGGUUUGUUGUUGGCACUGCCAUGUUGUACUCAACAAAAUUCAUUUUCUUAUCUAUGUUGUUUGUUGGGAGGAUCAUAUUUCACUUGAGAUAACGUAAAUCCAUUGCUAUUUGGAGGUGUUUCAUCAAAUUAAUUUAAUGUUAGUCAUGUAAGAGGGUGUAAAGUUUCAGGACAGCUGGCAUUCAUCAAUUAUAAUGCUGAAAUGUGCAAAUACAACUUGGAUAUGUCUCUUUUGUGAAGAAUGUUCACAAUCUGCCGAAAGUCAAAUACAGAGCUGGUUCUGUUCAUGUUUUGUCGCAUGAGGCUGCAGGUUUGUGAAUUUACAUGAACUUCUAUGUGUAUCUAAUUAUUGCAUUCACUAUCAGCCAUAAAUACAGGGUUUAGGUGUAAAUUGGACAAUAAUUUAAGUAUAAACCCCUUGUAUCUUUGUGUGUUUGUGUAUGUACGUGAUUUUGAAUUCAAGUGUUUUAAAUAAACCUUUAUAGCUCAGAAUGCAAGGCCACAAAUUAAAUAUUUUGUCUACUGGUUGAUGAGAUGAAUCAUUUUAGCAUUCAUUUUCCAAUGUAUUUUUCUAAUGUUUGUUUUUCCUUCCAGAUUUGCUUUUGAGAUGUGUGGAUUAUUUUGAUAUAGCUGAAACAUAAAUACUUGAUGUGCCCUUUGAGAUGUGUAUGUUGAAGCAAUGUAAAUACUGUACAGUAAAUUUUUAAUGGAUAUAGUUUGCUACAAAUUGUGUUUUUGUUUUAUACAGUUUUUACAACAAUUAUAAAUGGAGAAAAUCUGAAAUUCAUUUGUAUUUAUGAAAUAAAAGGUUAAC